AUGAUAUCAAUCCUAGAAUCUAGUAACACUGUCAAUGUUUCUAUCAUUGACACCGGGUGUAAAAUCGGAAACAUUCCAGCCGCCAUCUUCACAGAUCCGCAGAUACCUGGUUUCGAAAAGUUUGAGGGUAUCAGCUAUGUUUUUGUCCUUACUCACACUGACGGUGCGGGCAAGGUCAGACGCGUCCUUUUCGAUCUUGGGGCCCGCAAAGAUUGGGAGAAUAUGGCACCUCACGUUGUGCAGGCAACGAAGGCGAUCGAGGGUGCUAUACUUGAGCCUAUAGAGAAUGUGGCAGAUUUGUUGGAACGUGGAGGGAUUGAUAGGGCUAGUAUUGAGGCACUGAUCUGGAGUCAUGCGCACGUCGACCAUGUUAGGGACUCAUCAACCUUCCCCUCUAGCGCAGCGCUUAUCGUCGGUCCUGGCGUGAAGGACGAGUAUUUCCCCGGAUGGCCAACAAAGCCCGAUGCGCCUGUUCUAGUGACUGAUUUCGCGAAUCGCGAGGUCCGUCAACUCGACUUCUCGGACACAAAAUUGUCCAUUGGCGGAUUUCCUGCCUUGGAUUAUUUCGGUGACGGCAGUUUUUACCUGCUCCAUGCUCCUGGUCACGCUUUAGGUCACCUGUGCGGCCUCGCCCGUACAACAACGAACACCUUCAUGUUGUUCACUGGCGAUGUGUACCACCACGCGAGUCAGAUUCGACCAUCCGCAUCCGUCCCCCUACCUGAGCAUGUGAACGUACCCAAUCUCAUCCCGAACCCAUUCGAUAUGAGCACCGCGAUGCGUACUAUCAACGCUGCGAGAGGUUUCGACGACCAGGACAACGUCUUUCUAAUUGCUGCGCACGACCACACUGUUUCAGCUGUUAUCGACACAUUCCCCCGGUCAGCAAAUCAAUGGAAGCAAAAAGGGUGGAAAGAGCAGACAAAGUGGCUGUUCCUGAAGGAUUUCAGGAGGCACUGA